UAAUAUUUAAAACAGAUAGAGGAUAUAACAUGGAAAUGAUUACCAAUUUCUACUACAGAGCUUUAUUAUUGCUUCUUGUGAGUUCUAUCUGGGAGCCUCUCCACCUUUGUGGUGCUGAUCCUACAGAUGGAUUCACCCGAGUGCCUCUUACAGAAGAGAACUUUGUGUUGCAUAAGCCAUAUGAUGUACCCCUAGAAGACCGUUACACUUACAAAAAUGGAGUUCGAAGGUUUUGGGUCUACAACAACGACAAGCCCUUCAAGCCUGAUAGCCCGACUCGGCCACGUACUGAAGUACGGAUAACUGGAUAUGACUACACAUCAGGAGUUUGGCAGUUUGAAGGCCAUGCUUUUGUGCCCAAAGGGACCUCCGGUGUCACAAUUGCACAAAUUCUUGGUGCUGCCCAAGCAGCCACCACUCUGCAACUAAGGAUCUACAAUGGAGAUCUGAGAUAUUAUUCUUCUAAACUGGUGGCCACUGAUCUAUACAAUAAGUGGUUCAGAGUAGACAUUAUCCACGAUGUGGGUGAAGGGAAAGUAGUUUUUAUUAAUGGUAUCCAAAAGUAUGAGGGGAACGAUAGAGGCCGGGCAGGCAGCAUGUAUUUCAAAUGUGGUACUGUUUAUGCCGCACCAGCUGAAUCGAGUAACAACAUGGAAUCGAGCUGGAAAUGGAUCAAACUUUACAAAAAGUGAUGGCAAAAUGUCAUCACCAGCCUGCAAUAUUAACUAAACAGCUACGUAACUCACUAAGGGAAAUAUCAUCAAGGAACUCCAUAAUUGUCCCCAUAUCGACUUCUACAUAUUUUUCAAAU